AUGAAGGAGCUCCUCCUCCUCCUCCUGGUGGUGACGAAGGCGUCCUCCAGGUCUCACAGCAGCUGGUGUGAGCCGGGCUGUAACUGUCAAGGAGAUCUGAAGUUCACCAUCUGCUCUCGGGCGCUCUUCACCGAGCUGCCCGCCAGAGUCCCCCCCUACACCGACCUCCUGGACCUUUCGGACAACCUCAUCUCCGUCAUCCCCGAAGGCUCCUUCAACAAAAACCGCAAGCUCAGAAUCCUGCUGCUGCAGAACAACAACAUCAGCGUGGUGGAGGACGGGGGCUUUUCUCAGCUGGAGUUCCUGCAGAAACUGGACCUGAGGUGGAACCGGAUCUCCACCCUGACUGAAGGUUUCUCCUUCGGCUUGGCCUUCCUGCGGGAGCUGCAGCUCGCCCACAACCGCCUGACGGGCCUGCACAGCCGCAGCUUCCUGCACCUGGACGGCCUCCAGAGGUUAAACCUGACCGGCAACAGCAUCCGCACCAUCCAGGUGAGGUCGUUCUCCCCCAUGAGCAGCCUACGGCAGCUCCACCUGCAGGACAACCGGCUAACGUCUCUGCGGAGCGGCAUCUUCUCCAUGCUGCGCUCCCUGGAGGUCCUCAACCUGGCCGGGAACCGGAUCAGCAAGAUGGAGACGGGCGUCUUCAAGCCGCUCACCAGCAUGUCGUUACUCAACCUGGUCAACAACCAGAUGUCCACCGUCUACUUCAAGACGUUCCUCAGCAUCCGCACCUACAGCACCCACAUCCUGCUGGAGGAGAACCCGUGGAACUGCGACUGCGACCUGCAGAGAGUUUUCCGGAAGCUGCAGAGCAUCCAGAGGCUCUUCCUGGACGACUACUACAACCUGACCUGCGAGGAGCCGCCGGUCCUCAAGGACUACCGGCUGAUGGACACGGAGCUGUGCCUCGCCGAGACCAUCACCGUGCUCAUCAUCACCAUCACCGUGGUGAUAACCGUGCUGGCCGCCAUACUGAUGGGCGAGAGGAGUAGGAAGAAGAAGGAGAAAAGGAGGAAGCACUGGCCGCAGCAGGGAGAGCUUUCAGAAGAGUCGGACUACUGAAUCUUUCUUCUGUUUCCUUCUGAAGUCCCGAUUAAGCUUCUUUUUUACACUCUAUAUGUAAAUUACUAUCGUUACUUUAACCCCACAGGAACAUCUGAUCACACUAAAUAUAACUCAAACAUCUAAACAGUUUAGAGGGAAUUAUUCUAAUACAUCUGCUUCAUAAACACUUUUACUUUCUUACUGGUAUAUUAAA